AAACAAUAUGGAGUUAAAAUAUUUACACUUACCAAAUAAUUGCUAAUACUGUGGUUUCGUUACGAAAUCUGGUCUGAUUAUCAGUAUAAAACGAAGGUACUAAGAGUGUGAAACUCCAAAAUCGCCAGGACAGUGUAUGUAUUGUCGGAAAAUGUUUUCAUGGGAUUUAAAUCCCGAAAUAGACAGACUAUUUGUCUUCAGUACUUGCAUCAAAAACAAUUAAUCACUAAUUUUUCCUCAUUUGGUGAUAAUUUCAUUCUCAAAAGUCAUCUGGUUACUCAUAAACUAUUAAACUGAGUAAAAGAGCGUUGCAAUAGGUAAAUAUUUAUGUUGAUGAGAGUUAGCACCAUUUACCAGUCUCUUAAACGUUGGGUAUUUCAACAAUUAUAUGUCCGCUGGGGUCAGUGAGUCCUACUUCAGUUUCAGUAUGUUAGGUGGGGGUGAGAACUUACAGUACGUUGUUUGCCUUCAUGUGAAAACGUCGGUAACAUCAUGAGCAGAUGCCAUUUGAAUAAUUGUUCGUAUCCAGUGUGAGCUUCAUUAUUCACUUGUUUAUCACGUAUGAAAUAGACUCUAGAAAAUUACUUCCCUACCUUACUAGAUACCUUGAAGUGGGCAAGUUUCUACAUGGAAAUGAAUUUCUUCCAAAUAUUUAUUCCCGUUAAAAUCAUUGUUAGUAUAACUCAUUUGUCAACCAUAUUUACAUGUGCAGCCUUAACCCUUCAUAUUUCAGUUGAGAGUUAUUUAUAUUACUCAGUUGAUUAAUUCAAAAAGGCGUAGUUGGAUUCAAACCUGCUAUCAAAUGGUUAGAAACUGAAUGCUUUUAAACUUAAGCCAGUGGUCCACAUUCUAUUUUUGUUAGUUUUACAUGCUGUAUACUACAAUGGUGCACAUGGGCUCCAGUAUCCUGCGGGAACAAAUGGCGUAUGAACCAGUCGUUGGUCACCGGCUUCCAUGGAACUGCAUCUCUUUACAAUGCUCUACUGCCUUGUGGAUCAGAAAUUCAGGUCGAAGGCUCGGGGAGUGGCCUCCUAAGAAAACCACCUGCUUCAGUUUGGCCACCCGGGCAGUAUCACAGCUCUCACACAUAUCGAAUGAGAUUUGUGUGGCGCAUAUGUAUUUGGUGCCUCCUUGUACCAAUAUCUAUGUGUUAAAAUAAAAAUAAUAAAAAAUAAUACCACUUCCUGGGCCAUCACAUAGUGUACUUUUGUUCAUUUCUAAAUAACUUGACACGUUCUCUGUUUCGAAGCUCAGUUAGUACGCAGUUAGAUUUUAACGGAAUGAGCUUAUAUUUUAAGGUUGUAAGUAAUUUAUUGAGUUGACUGUUUCUCCAAUUAUUUGUUACUCUCAUAAACGCUGCUAUUUCUGCUUAGCAACCAUUGUACUGAAGUUGAUCAUUUUCUUUUUUAGAAUUUCGAUGAAAUUUCUAUGCGUCUUGAGCAUUCUUCUGUUCAAUACAUCUUUUUUAAUCAUGGUGUAUCCUCACUUUUAUUUGACAUCCCAAUACUUGCGCAACUCAGUUUAACAAAUUUGGUCCUAUUAUUUUUCAUGAUCAACUCUUCAGUAAAUUCUGAAAUGGACGAUUUUGAUGAUAAUGGAAAUAGGCUUGUCCGACGUAAAUGGUGCCCAUGGUCUUCAUGGAGUCCGUGCUCUCCAACUAAGUGCUUCAAAGGUUUUGUAAACAAGAAUCCUUCAUAUUGGUCAAACCGUGAAGAAUUCCAUGUCGUUGAUGACACACAGAUUACAAACUGUGUUCUACUACCAAAAAAUAGUACCAAAAAACCUAGUCGAGCAUAUGUACGACAGACAAUACAAGGUCAACAUAAAAUUCUUGUUCCUGAAAAACAACGUUUUCGUACUUGUGAUUGUCAGUCAGUUUCCUUACUGAAUGUAUUCCGUUUAGUUAGCCGGCAUGAAUGUUUUCCUGGUGAUACAGUAUUCGAAUGCAGUGAAUGUGAAUCAAAUGAAAAAAUACAUUUGAAUCGUGAUAACAGUGAUUCUGAUGCAAAUCUAAUUCCAUAUUGUUCAUAUGAACAAUCUAAUUUUCAAUUGUAUAAAAUAUUAGGUGGGAUUAUUGGAGCAAUAGGAAUUAUAUGUUUACUAGUAUGUUUCAUACGUUUCUUAGUUAAACAAAUCUGUGGCACUCAACGGAUAAAUAAUCGAACUUCUUGUGGUGGUGGUGGUGGUUCUGGCGCUAAUACAAAUACUAAUGGUAAUACUGCAUCAAAUCGAACUGGUCGAAGAAGAAAUCGUUCACCUCAGUUACAAAAUAAUCAUAGAGAUGAUGCUACAGAAUAUUUGCAUAAUGAUUAUAGCACAAGUGUAUAUCCUGUUGGUUUUGGAAACUUAGAUUUACCCCCUGCAUAUACAGAUGUUGUAAAACUAUCUGCCAUUGAAACCGAGUCUAACAACAAUAAUAAUAAUAACUCAACAAUACCGGAUGCAUUUCGUUUUAAUUUAUCACCAAAUGAACAAAUUACAAAUCCUUCUUUUUUAUCUAAAUCAUCUUCAAAUCAAACUGGUCGAUUCAAUUCUACAUUGUAUACUAGUGAACAGAAUGCUACAUCAAGUCAAAUUUUAAAUGUAAAAUCAUCGAAUACAACACCACCUCCACCUAGUUAUGAAGAGAUUGUCGCAGCGACAAAUGCAAUGAAGACAAAUCGUGAUAAUGAUGAUUCAAUUAUGUCAGGGAAUGAAAUGAAUAUUGCUCAAGUUAGUCUUCAAACAGAAGAUACCGUUACUACUACUAGUAAUAAUACGAUUACAACUUAUAGUGGUAGUAAUUUGAAUACUGAACGAACUGAGACUAAUUCCUCGUAAUUUCUGCAAAAAACUUUAAUGCUGAAAAUGUUUUUUUUUAAUAAUUUGAUUUCUUCUGCCUCUUGUACUACUAC